UGAGAAACGAAUUACUUUACAACACACAAACAGACACAACAUUUUUCGGGCAAAAUUGACCAGUUUUUUCGUUUUGGCAACGGUGCUCUGUUUGUGGUUGUAGCGGGAUCAGGAGUUCCCGGACUCGCGGCCUCCAUGCUGUAGGUUUUUGGAACCGGAAAACCACUUGAAAUCAAUGGAGAGCGAAAAGAUUUUGAUGGCCGCCGGAGUUACGGUGGCCGCCGUUGUGGGAGCCUUUGUUUUUUGGGGUCCCUCGGGUUCCCGGUUGCGCCAACGACGCGGUCAAAUUGCCGGACUCCACAACUUCGGAAGAACUUGCUUCUUGAACACCCUGCUCCAGGCGAUGGCCGCCUGUCCCCAGUUCAUUGCCUGGCUGCAAUUAUACAAUAAUGCCUCACCGGAUCGAAGGAGUUUGAUCACCUCGAUGCUGAACACCCUGGAGGUGGUCAAUGGCACCCAUGCCACCUUGCGUGGGGAUCCCCACUCCCCGGGCGCGGUGCUGCGGGCCUUAAAUGCCUUGGGCUGGGUCAUUCCGCAGGAGGAGCACGAUGCCCACGAGCUGUUCCAUGUGCUAUUGUCCUCCCUCGAGGAGGAGACCAUACGCCCACAGCCCUUGGGCUGUCUAUCGGAUGCUCUGCCAUCGGACAACGAUGAGACGAGCAGCUUUGCCGGCACAGCCACUCCGAUUGGUGGCUUCCGGCCGAUUAGCUCCAUGGCAGCGGGUCUAGGAGCCAGCCAGAGGAUCGGCGAUCAACCGAACAGGCCGUCGAGUGCCAUGCUCACCGAUUUCCUGAACAUGGAGUACGAUGAGAGCACCAGUUUGCAGCGAUUGGUGCGUUCCGAGGCGCACACGCCGGAUUCACCGGCCUCCGUUUGCGAACGCGAGGGCAACGAUCGUCUGGGCUCCCUGCUCCUGGACGCUGUUUCACCCGGGACACCUUUUGGCUUUCCGCUGGCCAGUGAGUUGGAGUCGUUGGCCACGCCCACGUUGGGCGGGGAGCGUAUGUCGCGUCCGCGGCAACCACAAUCCCAGGAGGAGAACCUCAAUCGCCGCGUGUCCAGUUCGUGUCGUUCACUGGAGCGCCUGCAUCGCGGACCCGGACGUGUGUCCAUCUGGUCCAACAUGAUGCCCAGCCAGGUGGCGCAUCCGUUUCAGGGCGCCAUGGGUGCCCAGAUCGUGUGCAAUGGCUGCGGCUCCAAGUCGGCGGUGCGGUAUGACAAGUUCGAUAGCAUCACCCUCAAUCUGCCGCCGCAGCGCAGGACUGGCCUGAGUUUGGGCCAUUUGCUCAGCGAUUAUAUCACAUCGGAGGAUCUGAGCGAUGUCAAGUGCGAUUCCUGCAACGAGACGACCACGCACACCAAAUCGGUUACGUUCGCCAAACUGCCAGCCUGCCUGUGCAUCCAUGUGGCGAGGACGGUGUGGCUGCCAACUGGGCAGGUCUGCAAGCGACAGGACUACGUACACUUCCCCGAGAGCCUCUCCAUGGCGCCAUAUAGCUUCGUCCAGCCGCAUCUCAACAGCCAGGCUGGCACUCCCUGGGGCUCGACGAUGUCGCUCUACUCCACCAGCCUGCCGAUGAACAAUGGCGUGGGCGGCGGCGAGGGAUUCGGCACGAUGUUCCCCAAGAAUUUGUAUCGCCUGCUGGCCGUGGUGGUUCAUUCGGGCGAGGCGAACAGCGGACAUUUUGUGACCUACAGGCGUGGUUCGCUGCGGAAUGCACAUCGAUGGUUCUACACAUCCGAUACGAUUGUGCGGGAGGUGAGCAUCGACGAGGUGUUGAGCGUCCCCGCCUAUCUGCUAUUCUACGAUCGCGGCCAGCAAAGGCAGCUUAACCUACGCUAGUCUGGACAGGAUCAUCGGGAUCAUCCUAGUCAACACUUGAUGUGAUGCAAAUCCAAAUCUAAAUCCUUAUUGUCGAAACGGUGGCCAUAGCAAACACGCGUCACAUUUAUAUAGAUAUAUAACUUAUUUAUGUACGGAACCCACGAUCUGAUCUAUACUCGACGGGGUUAUGUAAUGGUCUCUGCAUAUUUGCAUACUGCAUAUUGCAAGACCCUCACGUCAGAGAAAACUCGACUCUUCAUUUGUUAUAUCGAUGCAUUUAAGAUUUUUUAAGAAUUCCAAAUUCAUACCGUGCUUUUAGCUGUCUGUAUUUAGCAAUAUACAUACAUAAACUACCAAUAAUUGUUUGCGCGUUAUUUCUGUAGGAUAGAUGUUCAAUAAAAAUUUGCAAAAACA